CCCCUAUUAAACCAACAACCACCAGCCGCGUCCAGUACUCCCACACUCUCACUCCCCUAACAUCCCUUUGGCUUUCAGAUCUACAGACACUCAAAAAACAGUGUCACACACUCUCACAAAUGGGAAUGGCUCGCCCAUUCUCAAUCCUUAGUACUACUCUCCUACUACUCUUCCUCUCCUCCUCCGCCACCGAAAGAAAAGCCCAAGACGAUAUCGUUCACUCAUCGUGCGUCCACGCCAGCUACCCCAAACUCUGCCUCCAAACGCUCUCUACCUGCUCGGACCACGCCUGCAAGACCCCUCGCGAUCUCGCUCAAGCCGCCGUCAAGGUCAGCCUCUCCCGGGCCCGCCGACUCUCCAGCUACCUCGCCCAAGUCCCCACCACCGGCGCCAACACGAGACAGCAAGCGGCCCUGCGCGACUGCGCGGAGCAGAUAUCGGACACGGUGGACGACCUGAGCAAGACGCUGAGCGAGCUGAAGCACCUGGGUCGAAGUGGCGAGGCGUUCCAGUGGCAGAUGAGCAACGCGCAGACUUGGGUGAGUGCGGCCUUGACGAAUGAGGAUACUUGUCUCGAUGGCAUUCCGUAUGUUGAUGACAAAAAGAUCAAGUCGGACGUGAGGCGUAAGAUCAAGAAUGUGGCUAAGGUUACGAGUAACGCCCUGUACAUGAUCAAUCGUCUCGAUGAGAGUCGUGGUCGUCGGGAUCCAUGAUCACGAUGAACAGUACUCCUCAUUAAUCAUGCAUGUGAUCUGUUCGAUCCCAUUUAUCAUAUCUGUGCAACUUCCUUAGUUUCAGUUUUUUUCUUUUUCUGAGUCUACCUAUAUAAUAGUGUCAGUGUAUUAUUGUGAUGUUACUACCAAAGUAAAUGUAAUGCAAUAGUAAUAUUUUUCUUCCAU